CCUAGGCAUUGUGAUCUGAUCCAUCCAACUAUUGCCCCUUUCGUUCCUUUCUUGUCUUCAGAGCACUGUCUUCAAAAGAUUACCAACUGUUCAAAACUAUCGCUUAAAAUCAGAAGGAAGUAAAGACAAUGUUGUUCCAAAACCUUGCAAUUGUGGCCAGCGCCAUUGGUUUAGUGGCUGCAGAGCUCCCAGCGAUCGAAAUCGUCGGUAACAAGUUCUUCUUCUCGAACAAUGGUUCUCAGUUUUACAUGAGAGGUAUUGCCUACCAACAGGAUACCUCUAAUGUUACUGAUGGUUCCACCUUUGUUGAUCCGUUGGCCGACGGUGAGGCCUGUGCUAGAGAUAUUCCUUACCUGUCUGCCGUGAAGACCAAUACUAUCCGUGUUUAUGCCUUGAACGAAACCCAAGACCACACGGAAUGUAUGCAAUUGUUAGACGAUGCUGGAAUCUACGUCAUUGCGGAUUUAUCCGAGCCAUCUCUCUCGAUCAACAGAGACGAUCCAAGUUGGACGGUUGAGCUGUACAACCGUUACACCAAGAUUGUCGAUGAGUUCCAAAACUAUACAAACAUCUUGGGGUUUUUCGCCGGUAACGAGGUGACCAACGAUUACACCAACACGGAUGCAUCUGCCUUUGUCAAGGCCGCUGUUAGAGAUACAAAGGCAUACAUCAGAGACCAGAACUACAGAAGUAUCCCAGUUGGUUAUUCUUCCAAUGAUGAUGCGGACACCCGUGUUGCCAUUGCUGACUACUUCGUUUGUGGUGAUGAAGAUGAAAGAGCCGAUUUCUACGGUAUCAACAUGUACGAAUGGUGUGGUCAGUCCACUUUCGAAGAGUCUGGUUACGCUGACAGAACUGAAGAAUUUAGCAACUUAACCGUUCCUGUAUUCUUCUCUGAAUAUGGCUGUAACGAAGUCCAACCAAGAGAAUUCACCGAGGUUCAGGCUCUUUACGGUAAAAAUAUGACUGACGUGUGGUCUGGUGGUAUUGUCUACAUGUACUUUGAGGAAGAGAACAACUACGGUCUUGUCACAGUCAGCGGUGAUAGCGUUUCAACGCUUGCUGAUUACUCAUACUACUCAGAGGAAAUCAACAGCAUCUCUCCAACCUCUGCAGAGUCUUCCGAUAUCAGCACCAGCGACGCUACAUUGGCUUGUCCAACCGGCUUCAAAUAUUGGAGUGCUUCCACUGAUCUUCCACCAACCCCAGACGAAGGGUUGUGUGAUUGUAUGGAGAAUUCCCUCUCAUGUGUCGUAUCCAGUGAUGUUGACGAAGAUGACUACGACGACCUGUUUGCCGUUGUAUGUGGUUAUGUUGACUGUAGUGGUAUUAGUGCCAACGGUACCACUGGCGAGUACGGUUCUUAUUCCUUCUGUAACGCCAAACAACAGUUGUCAUUUGUUCUGGACUUGUACUACAAAGACCAGAGCAGCGCUGCCCGUGCAUGUUCCUUUGACGGGUCUGCAACACUUACAGGCCAAUCCAGCACUGCAAGUGAAUGUUCGAGUGCCUUGAACGCUGCUGGUAGUGUGGGAACUGGUGAAGUCAGCGGCACUGUAUCAAAAACAGGAUCAGACACUUCAACUGACGGCGGUUCUGCAACUGGAUCAGCCACUUCAACCGCGUCAGGAUCUUCCACCUCAACGGCCAGCUCUGUUGCCUGUGCUGUCAGAGUCCCAGGCUCUGAAAGCAUCGUCGCCCUUGCAAUUGGUAUUACCGUUGCAGUAACCGGAUUCACCUUGACGUUGAUCUGAGAUCAUGAACUGUUUCUAAUUUUCAAGCAUAUACGAAUUACCUUAAAAAAUGAUCCCAUGAAGUUCCAGCCAUUCCAACACCGGUAGAGCUAUACCCCAAAGAGAUGUACGUCGUCUAUUUCUCCUCAGAUGGCUGUCGAGUGCACAUCGUCAAAGACAUCAAAUUAUGGCCGCCAACGUAC